ACCCAGCCUCACCACUCCAUCUCCAUCUGCGCAGAGAUGAAGCUCACCACCUCCGUCGCGAUAUCGGCGCUAUGCUGGACUGCUCGCCUGGCGUCAGCGGCCACAGCACACCUCUACACAUACGAUUCCGCAGAGGCAGGGAGGAGACUAAGCGGCGGCCUGCUCGACCAGAUUACCCGCCAGCUCCGCUUAGAUACUCCGCCAGUGCUGUCACCCGUUGAAGCGCGAGUGGUGCUUGCCCAGAGAGCCGGAGUGGAGGAUUACCAUGUGCAGGAUCUGGGCAGAUCGGGGGUGUUGGAGGCUGUCAACCAGUUUGGCUUGAAGCAGCCACUUUUUGGCACAGACGAUACAAGAAGGAUAACGAUCCUCGCUGAGGAGACUGAGGAGAACACACUAUCGAUGAAACGAGCAACCCACCUGAGCCUUUCCCCCGCCCCAUCCUUCAAAUCCGCGCGCAAGCUCUUCGCCGACCUCGAGAUCCAGCACACCUGGCCCUCCCCUCCACCAGAGAGACUUUCGGCAUCAGCCACCGCCGACGACUUCACCUCCAAAUCCCGAUUCACACUCAUCCGGGGCUCCAAGCAAGAGCUGGAACAGUUUUGGCAGCGAAUCGUGGAUAGCCCAGCAAGCAACGACAACACCCACAUCGCAAUCACCAUGCUUGUCUUCCCGCCCUCCGCCGUCUCUGACGCAGAAGACCAAUGGGCCAGCGGAUACAGCAUGCCCGGCGCGCAAACGCUCGCCAAACGCCAAGAUACCACCACCUUCUCCACCCUCGUGACCCGCCAGGACAACAGCCAAAACUCCCCCCUCCCUGGCAUCCUCCCCGCCUGCUACACCUCGCAAUCCGACUGCGAAUCCACGACGCGCAACUGCACCGGCCACGGCAGCUGCAAACUCCUCUACACCGACAAGAGCCACGGCGACGACAGCCGGCCGUGCUACGCCUGCGCCUGCUCCGCGACGGUGGUGAAGAACUCGAAAGGCCAGAAGAGCACCACGUACUGGGGCGGGCCGGCGUGUCAGAAGAAAGACAUUAGCUUGCAGUUCUGGCUGCUUGCGCUGUUUAGCGUGGGCAUGGUGUCGUUGAUUUCGUUUGCCGUGGGCAAUUUGUGGAGUAUGGGAGAGCAGACGCUGCCGAGCGUGAUUGGGGCGGGUGUGAGUGGACCGACGGCGAGGAGGUGAGAUGGGUUGGCGGCGGGGAUGUUGGUUUGGCGUAUGUGUAGCACUGCUUUCCGCGCGGCGAGGUUUUAUGUAGGCUUCGAGAAAUGAAAAUG